GGUUUCCAAGGCAAGACGGGCCCCCCCGGCCCCCCGGGGGUGGUGGGACCUCAGGGCGCUUCUGGGGAGUCUGGUCAGAUGGGGGAGAGAGGUCACCCAGGCCCCCCCGGACCCCCGGGAGAGCAGGGCUUGCCAGGACCCUCUGGGAAAGAAGGAACCAAGGGAGACCCCGGCCCCCCGGGAGCCCUCGGAAAAGACGGCCCGGCUGGACUGCGCGGUUUCCCUGGUGAGCGUGGGCUGCCCGGCACCCCGGGCGGCACGGGGCUGAAAGGGAACGAGGGGCCGGCCGGACCCCCAGGACCUGCAGGCUCCCCCGGUGAGAGAGGCGGCCCUGGGCAGGGCGGCCCCAUCGGACCCCCAGGCAGACCGGGCCCCCAAGGGCCACCAGGCCCUGCUGGAGAGAAAGGAGUUCCUGGUGAAAAAGGUCCCAUAGGCCCCGCUGGCCGCGACGGAGUCCAGGGUCCCGUUGGGCUGCCCGGCCCAGCGGGGCCCCCAGGGGGUGCUGGUGAGGACGGCGACAAGGGCGAGGUGGGCGAGCCGGGCCAGAAGGGUGGCAAAGGCAACAAGGGAGAACACGGUCCCCCAGGCCCCCCAGGUCCCAUGGGCUCAGUUGGGCAGCCUGGAGCAGCCGGGGCUGAUGGGGAGCCGGGCGCUCGGGGCCCCCAGGGCCACUUUGGGGCGAAGGGCGAUGAAGGAACCCGCGGAUUCAACGGGCCGCCUGGCCCCAUCGGGCUGCAGGGUCUGCCGGGCCCGGCGGGGGAGAAGGGCGAGACAGGUGACGUGGGCCCCAUGGGCCCCCCAGGACCACCAGGGCCGCGUGGCCCAGCCGGACCCUCCGGAGCUGACGGACCCCAAGGCGGCCCUGGAGGCAUCGGCAACCUGGGCCCCCCUGGAGAGAAGGUAGGUGGAGGCAGGACGCCUGG